AUGUACCUCUACAAGGAGAUUCACAGGCGAAAUGCUCACCUCGUUAACCACAAGAUGGUUCAUACUGGAGAGAAGUCAUAUGAGUGUACAGAUUGUGGGAAGUCCUUCUGUCAUAGCUCAAGCCUCAUUCAACAUCAGAGAGUUCAUUCUGGAGAAAAGCCAUAUGAGUGUAGUGAUUGUGGGAAAUCUUUUAGGUUCAAUAAUCACCUUCAUAUCCACAAGAGAGUUCACACUGGAGACAAGCCUUAUGAGUGUAGUGAAUGUGGGAAGUCCUUCCAUGGUAGCUCAAGCCUCAUUCAACAUCAGAGAAUUCAUUCUGGAAAAAAGCCAUAUGAGUGUACAGAUUGUGGGAAGUCCUUUCGUCGUAACUCAAAGCUAAUUCAACAUCAGAGAGUUCAUUCUGGAGAAAAGCCCUAUGAGUGUAGUUAUUGUGGGAAAUCUUUUAGGUUAAAUAGUCAACUUCAUGUCCACAAGAGAGUUCAUACUGGAGAGAGGCCAUAUGUGUGUGGUGAUUGUGGGAAGGCUUUUGUUGAUAGGUCUACCUUCAUUCGUCACCACAGAAUUCACACUGGCGACAAGCCUUACAAGUGUAGUGAAUGUGGGAAGGCCUUCGGUGUUCGCUCAAGCCUCAUUCAACAUCAGAGAGUUCAUUCUGGAGAAAAGCCCUAUGAGUGUAAUGAAUGUGGGAAGUCCUACAGUCAAAGAUGUGACUUAAAUAAGCAUCACAAAAUUCACACUGGAGAAAAGCCCUAUGAGUGUAGUGAUUGUGGGAAAUCUUUUAGGCUUAAUAGUAGCCUUCGUAUCCACAAGAGAGUUCAUACAGAAGAGAGGCCAUAUGCAUGUGGUGAUUGAGGGAAAGCUUUCGUUGCUAGGUCUAUGCUCCUUUGCCACCACAGAGUUCACACUGGAGACACGCCUUAUGUGAAUGUGGGACGUCCUUCAGUGAAGGAUCUGGCUUAAAUAAGCACCACAGAAUUCACA